AGCAAACCAACUUGGAAAGGCUGUUAAAAGCUAAAAUGAUAUUCUGUUGUAGAGAUUUUGCAGACUAGUUCGGGACACUUCUGACCAGCAAUUGUUUAUAAGCAGACCAGUGUUGAUUCUACUUUAAUCAUUCGCAUACUGCAAAGCUUUACCAAGUUAGACUUCAUUGUUUAUAAGUAUACUGCCAUUUCUUCUCACUGUUAUCAUUUCCAGGUGCAUCACUGCCUUUUUGGGUGCUUGGGUUAUUCUUACUGAUCUCCCAGAUAGAUUGAGAUUACUGAAGAAAAAUGUUGAAGCUAAUUUGUAUGGGUAUGUAAAAGGUUCAGCAACAGUGACUGAACUCACUUGGGGAGACGAACUCGAUCCUGUUCUGUGUAAUCCUUUCCCUGAUUAUGUUCUGGGUUCGGAUGUCAUUUAUAGUGACAGUAAUGGAUUUGUUGGAAACGCUAAAAGACCUGUGCGGUUCUCAUACAACAAUUGUUUUAGCUGGUGAACUUAGAAAUGAUGCCAUCCUUGAAUACUUCUUGGAAGCAGUGUCAAAGGAGUUCAUUGUGGGGCGUGUUGAUCAGAUGCAUUGGCAUCCAGAUUACCUCACUCCGCGUGUCGUCAUUUACAUUUUGGUGAAGAGGUAGAAAUAUGGAGACCCAAAUGUUACCUUUGUGCCGGAGCCGUUGGAUCAACGACUUAGGUCCCACUAGUCAAGAUGCUAGGCCCACUAUGCCUGUCGUUGGAUGACUAGGGUUGGCUAGGCAGAGUGCCGCAUGGUAGAGAAUCCGCUUCUUAUCCAUUCAUGGUUUUGGUUCUACUUGACGCCUUUCAAUAUUUCUAGGGCAUUGCUCAAGUUAUUGUUUGCUUUGUAUUGAGAAAGUCUUGAUGUUUUGUAAAACAACAAAUAAACUUAGUAAAAUCCCACAGAAAAGAGUUUAUUUUGGUGUUACGUUCAUGAAAAUUACGUGACUCAAAUGCAUGUUACAUAAAGCAAAGAAUUAUGU